AAACAAGAUUAGUCAAGUUCAACUCUUUCAGCAAAUCCCCUGUAGUAAAAGUCUCCAUAAAACAUCUCAUCAUAUGAGCAGACACAGACACAGUAUCCCACAAACACAGAAAAAAAAAAGGUAAGAAAAGAAGGUUAAAAAUAAAAUAAAUUUGCUUUCAUAAUUUCAAAGAUGAAGUAAUUUUGAUGGCAUUGUAUAUAAUAGUAGUAAUUGCAAUAUUCAGAUGUAAUGGCCAUAAGCAAAGCAAUCACAUCACAUGGUCUCGUACUCUUGGUCAUUUCCUUUUUGUUGCUUGCUACUUUCCCUAAAUCUUCCCCUUCACGCAGAGCUCCUCAACACCCCACACCACAUUCAAAAACAAAAAGAGCCCAUCUUUGAUUGCAAUCCUCUUUGUAUCUUCCUCUACUGUUCAAACCUGGAUCACCGUCAGAUUACUGUCUCCUUUUUCAAUUGUUUAUUGUGGGGCGGUACGUGUAUAUCCUAUGUGAUGCUGGUGAAGAGUUUGUCAUUCGUAUUAUAGCUCUGGCGACGUUUUGAUUGUUUUUUUAUUGUAUUGUUGAUCUGGGGUAUGCGCGAAUUUGAAAUCUUGAUUCACUGGUGGUGAAUUUUGGAGAGCGGAUCGGGGAAAGAUGCGGAGGCGGGCGGCCGACUACCGGCGCCCGGUUAGAAGAAGGUUAUCGCAGUGGAUCUGUGCGCUUCUUGGGAUGUUCCUGAUUGCGGGGCUAGUUUUGUUUGUGUUUCACCACCAUCACCAUGAAGAUCAGGUUACGCAGCCCAUACAGGAGAACCAUGCAAGACCAAAGCCAGUUAACCAUGAAGGUUUAAACUUCACUAAGGAAAUAUUAAGUGCUACCUCAUUUGCGCGGCGGGUGGCUGAGCAAAUGACACUUGCCAAGGCUUAUGUCGUUAUUGCAAAGGAGCACAAUAACCUUCACCUUGCAUGGGAGCUGAGCAAUAAGAUCCGAAGUUGCCAACUUCUGCUUUCAAAAACUGCCAUGAGAGGGGAGCCCAUAACAAAAGAAGAAGCAGAGCCAAUAAUCAGUAGCCUAUCAUAUCUAAUCUUCAAGGCGCAAGAUGCGCAUUAUGAUGUAGCAACUACCAUAAUGACAAUGAAAUCUCAUAUUCAAGCCCUUGAAGGACGUGCAAAUGCAGCAACAGUUCAGAACACAGUAUUUGGGCAAUUGGUGGCUGAAGCUUUGCCCAAGAGCCUGCAUUGCCUAAAAGUAAAGCUCACAACUGAUUGGCUUAAGAAGCUGCCCCUUCAAGAUCUUGCAGAGGAGAAAAGAAAUUCCCCAAGAGUUGUGGAUAACAAUCUCUAUCACUUCUGCAUAUUUUCAGACAAUGUGCUGGCUACCUCUGUGGUUGUCAACUCCACGAUCUCCAACGCUGACCAUCCAAAACAGCUAGUCUUCCAUAUAGUCACAAAUGGAAUCAGCUACGGAGCUAUGCAGGCUUGGUUCCUAAGCAAAGACUUCAAAGGGGCCACCAUAGAAGUGCAGAAUGUAGAAGAGUUCUCUUGGUUGAAUGCUUCUUAUGCUCCUGCUGUCAAACAGCUUCAUGAUGAAGAUUCACGUUAUUAUUUUUCAGGUUAUCAAGAUGUGAAGGAAGAGCCAAAACUGUGGAAUCCCAAAUACCUGUCUUUGCUGAAUCAUCUUCGCUUUUACAUCCCUGAGAUCUAUCCGCUACUGGAAAAGAUAGUUUUUCUUGAAGAUGAUGUUGCUGUCCAAAAGGAUCUUACGCAACUUUUUUCAUUAGAUUUGCAUGGAAAUGUCAAUGGAGCUGUGGAAACUUGCCUUGUAGCAUUUCAUCGCUAUUACAAGUAUCUCAAUUUCUCAAACCCUAUUAUCAGCUCAAAGUUUGACCCACAGGCAUGUGGAUGGGCUUUUGGUAUGAAUGUUUUUGAUUUGAUUGCAUGGAGAAAGGCAAAUGUGACUGCGCAGUAUCAUUACUGGCAGGAACAGAAUGCUGAUCAAACUCUGUGGAAGCUGGGAACACUUCCUCCUGCUCUUCUAGCAUUUUAUGGACUGACAGAGCCACUUGAUCGAAGGUGGCAUGUGUUAGGAUUGGGAUAUGAUAUGAACAUUGACAGUCGUCUGAUUGAGAGUGCUGCGGUUAUUCAUUUUAAUGGGAACAUGAAGCCAUGGCUGAAGUUGGCCAUUGGCAGGUACAAGCCUCUGUGGGAAAGGUACAUAAAUCAAAGUCACCCAUAUUACCAAGAUUGCGUCACAAGUUGAAAUAUGCUACUUCUUGAUUAUCAAUAAUUUAUGAGAUCUUCAAUAUUUUUGUCCUCAAAUGGUGAUCACAUUAUUGUAGAGUCAGAAGUAGGAAAUUUUGACUUCAUUAGGAGUUUUCGUUUCUUUUAUUCAUCCCCUUUUUCUUCAUAGUUUCUUAAAGGGAAAAGAAAAAGUUCUAUAGAUUAGAGAAUCUAGAUUUACCAGGUGAAGAGGUGUGAAGAAUUCAUUUUUGGCCUAUGGGGUUCUUUUUUUCCCUUCUGCAACCUGUAGAAUUAUUUAUUCCUUGGCAAUUCUUGUAAUAAUUUUUCUAAUAUUUCGGAUUGUAAUGUAAUUGAACAUCAACCGGAUUCUUCAUAGAACUGUAAGACUUCUUAAAAUGCAAUUUUCACAGUUUCUUCUGUGAGCAUCAAAUUCUAUAGUUCCUUUUGCA